AGGGAAGAUCUCAGCCAAAAUGAGAGUGCUCAGUGUUGUUCUCCUCGUCGCAGCCGUUUGUCAGGCGUCGUCGGCCCUCCCUCGCGAGCGCCGGGACAUCGGGAGCCUGAUCGGCGCGGGCAUCAACGCGACCCGCAGCGCCGCCCUGCUCGGCCUCAACCUGGGCGCCAAGGCGACCGGCGCCGCCGCCAAGGUGGCGCGCGCCGGCAUCGACGCUGGCGAGAGGGUGGAGCAGGGCGCCAUCGCCGCGAGCCGCAACGCCCUGGAGACCGGCAUCAACGGCGCGCGCUCCGUCGCCGGCGCCCUGGGCAACGGCCUCGUCGCCGACCUGGCCAAGACCGGCCUGAACGCCGGUGAGCAGCUCGGGAACCUGGGCAUCGACACCGCCCAGACGGUGGCCAGCGUCGCCGUCGGCCUCGCGAAUACCGGCGUCAACGCGGCCGAGUCGGCGGCCAACAUCAACAUCCAGGCCGGCCGCAACGCCACCGACCUGACCGCCGACGCCGCUCUGCGAGCCAUCGGCCAGUGAGCUGACCACGGCGAGUCUCGGGCAGGGAUCAUCGCAGUAAUCGAGGGUCCUGUCUUAACAACCCACCUGCCAUCCCAAUAAAACAUCUCGAAACAGAA